GGCGCGGGCCCGCGAGGGUGGGGGCGGCCUUUGUCUGCGGCGGAGCGGUGCCGGGCAGCCGGACCGCGUGCUGUGCCCUCCCUCGCAGGGCGCCCGCGCCCGGCCCACUCCCCGGGUCCGCGGCGUAGCCGGGCUCUGGGCCCCGAGGCAGCGGGGGCCGCCACAAUCCAACCCCACCCUAAGCUUGUCGCCGAGGGGGCUGGGGGACAGUGGGACCUGCCCUCGCCUGGGAGGUCCUGGAGGAGGCUGUGAGCUUUCCCAUUUACUCCAGACUCGUGGGCUGCAAGAAAUCAGACCAUCCAGCUUGUAAGAGGCUCCUUGAGGACAGACACACAGCUUCGUCAUCUCUCAGGCCCCAGGGCCUGCCUACCAGAACUGUCAGAGGCUCCCAGUUACCUUCAGGAUAAACUUCAGACCUUUCAGCUUGUCUCUCCGUCUGGCUCCCGCCUCAGCCUUUACUCUCCCCACCAGCUGUCGUCUGGGCUCAAACUGAGCCAAACUGAUCUGUGCACAUUCUUGCCCUGGGCCGGCCAGCCUUGCCUCUACUUGCCACCUUGCUUCAUCUUCCUUGCAGGGGCAGCCUUCCACCACGGAGAGCCCAGCUGUCAGCUGCCUCUUGGGAAGAUGCUGUGUCGCUGGGCCAGCGCGGGUGUGGGCGUGCGUGUGCCCUUGGCCACGGCCCUGGCAGCGCUGUGGGUCUGUGUCACAGGUGCUUUGGAGGUCCAGGUCCCCGAGGAACCCGUGGUGGCCCUGGUGGGCGCCGAUGCCACCCUGCGCUGCUCCUUCUCACCUGAACCCGGCUUCAGCCUGGCGCAGCUCAACCUCAUCUGGCAGCUGACGGACACCAAACAGCUGGUACACAGCUUCGCCGAGGGCCGCGACCAGGGCAGCGCCUACGCCAACCGCACCGCGCUCUUCCCAGACCUGCUGGCCCAGGGCAACGCGUCGCUGAGGCUGCAGCGCGUGCGCGUGGCGGAUGAGGGCAGCUUCACCUGCUUUGUGAGCAUUCGGGACUUCGGCAGCGCAGCAGUCAGCCUGCAGGUGGCGGCUCCUUACUCGAAGCCCAGCAUGACCCUGGAGCCCAGCAAGGACCUGCGGCCCGGGGACACGGUGGCCAUCACGUGCUCCAGCUACCGGGGCUAUCCAGAGGCCGAGGUGCUGUGGCAGGACGGGCAGGGCGCACCCUUGACGGGCAACGUGACCACGUCGCAGAUGGCCAACGAGCAGGGCUUGUUCGACGUGCGCAGCGUCCUGAGGGUGGUGCUGGGCGCGAACGGCACGUACAGCUGCCUGGUGCGCAACCCCGUGCUGCGGCAGGACGCGCACGGCUCGGUCACCAUCAUACCCCACAGAAGCCCCAUAGGUGCCGUGGAGGUCCAGGUCCCCGAGGAACCCGUGGUGGCCCUGGUGGGCGCCGAUGCCACCCUGCGCUGCUCCUUCUCACCUGAACCCGGCUUCAGCCUGGCGCAGCUCAACCUCAUCUGGCAGCUGACGGACACCAAACAGCUGGUACACAGCUUCGCCGAGGGCCGCGACCAGGGCAGCGCCUACGCCAACCGCACCGCGCUCUUCCCAGACCUGCUGGCCCAGGGCAACGCGUCGCUGAGGCUGCAGCGCGUGCGCGUGGCGGAUGAGGGCAGCUUCACCUGCUUUGUGAGCAUUCGGGACUUCGGCAGCGCAGCAGUCAGCCUGCAGGUGGCGGCUCCUUACUCGAAGCCCAGCAUGACCCUGGAGCCCAGCAAGGACCUGCGGCCCGGGGACACGGUGACCAUCACGUGCUCCAGCUACCGGGGCUAUCCGGAGGCCGAGGUGCUGUGGCAGGACGGGCAGGGCGCACCCUUGACGGGCAACGUGACCACGUCGCAGAUGGCCAACGAGCAGGGCUUGUUCGACGUGCGCAGCGUCCUGAGGGUGGUGCUGGGCGCGAACGGCACGUACAGCUGCCUGGUGCGCAACCCCGUGCUGCGGCAGGACGCGCACGGCUCGGUCACCAUCACAGGGCAGCCCAUGACCUUCCCCCCUGAGGCCCUGUGGGUGACCGUGGGGCUCUCUGUCUGUCUCGUUGCACUGCUGGUGGCCCUGGCCUUCGUGUGCUGGAGAAAGAUCAAGCAGAGCUGUGAGGAGGAGAAUGCAGGUGCUGAGGACCAGGAUGGCGAUGGAGAAGGAUCCAAGACUGCCCUGCGGCCUCUGAAACACUCUGAAAGCAAAGAAGAUGAUGGACAAGAAAUAGCCUGACCACGCGGGCCAGGGAGCUGCUGCUGUGGCGUGGGGUCUUCGUGUGAGCCCUGCCCUCAACAGACAGCUCCCACUCCAGCAGGUCUGCUCAUUCUCCGAAGGACAGAGAGACCUCCCCGCAGCCUUCUUUCUCCGAUGGAUGUGAUUCCCAAGUCAUCCUGCUGCCUUACUUCUCCGGUGACACGAUGCAUAAACCAUCCUGCUGUCUAGUUUCUUACGGACACCACCCCACCGCCUUAUUUCUCCACGGAUAUGCUGCACGGACCAUCUGGCUGCCUCUUUUUCUCCAAAGGACUCAAUAUUCAGACUGAUCCUCUGCCUUAUUUCUCCAAUGACAGGAUACACAGUCACCCCUGGCCUUCUUUCUCCAGUGGCCCUGAUACACUAGUUUUCAUUUCUCAGCCUUUUCUUCCACCCUCCCCCACCUCGGGCUCCCUGUAAGCCCAUCUCAGACAGGGACACUGCAGCUUCAGCAUCUCCUCGAGUCCACAGGCAUCUCCCCUCCCACCUCCCCUUCCUCUGGCCCCAGCGUGAGCCUUUUCCCUCCCUCACUAAGUGAAGACAGGGCCCUUCCCCCAGGCCCGCAGAGGCACACAGGUGCAUGUGCUGGAACACGUGCCAGGACAAGUAGGGACCUCCCUUGGCCCAGUCUCUCCCGUGGUGCCCUGGGCUGUGCCCUGGGAACUGCCUCCCCACGGAAAGCACGUGCUGGUCACACUGGGUGUCCGGGUGUCUAUGUGGGCCCCCUGGGGGCCAGCCCCUAGCCCCCUGCUUUGCCCUCCUGUCCUUUUGUUCACCCAUUCUAGUCAUGUUCAUUAAGCAUCCAUAGGGUGUCAGCACUGCCUUAGGCACCUGGGACGCGGUGUGAGAAGAUAGGCCCCUCCUUUAAGGAGCUCGUCCUUCAACUAGGGACCUAUGAGGAGACAGAUACCUGCCCGCUACAGUCUGUGGCUCUCGAGCAGGCUCCUGCCCUGCUCCCUACAGUACCCUUCUUCUGUGCCCACAGCCUGCUGGAUACCUCAUGCCCACUGCAUCCUCACUUCCUCCCCAGAGCAGGGGGUAGGGACAGCAACCUGGAGACGGGGCAGAGCCUCUUGCUACAGUCGGAGAAUCUAAUGGUUUCCGAAGUCUUUCCAGGUGGGAGCAGGUGGGUAGGCGGCCACGGUACCCUGUGAGAGCAGAAGUGUAGGGGAGGCCUGGGGACGGGGCAGGGCCAGGAGGCCACAAGGACGCAGCCCCUCACCCCCCCCCACCAUGGUGCUAUUCUGGAGCCGGGAGGAUACCUCCUGGCUUGUCUCUCACCGGCCCCCAGCCUCCAGAAUGCUUCUGAUGUCCUCCCGCUGACAUUUCUUCCUUCCCCCGGGAAUGGAAGAGGUGGCAUGUCUAAUUUAAAUGUGGGACUCUGAGGAAUUUUGUUAACUGGGGGUGUAUUUUGGGAAAAAUAAAUGGCUUUGUAGAAA